AUGCCUUGUUAUCAGAUUUACCUUGAACGCUGGGGGGAACGUUUGAUCGACUAUUUCCGAGGAGAUACGUCACAGGGCGGUAGCGCAGAGAAAGACACCAUCGAACCGGAUGUCCAAGUGAAUAUUAUACUCAGGAAAUCCUCGCUGCGCCUCCCGUAUGGCGCCCUCAUCAUGUCCCAUAGCGAAAGGGGUCCUAUGCUGGUUCUCAUAUGUAGCGAUGAUCAUGGCAAGACCCCUGGAUACGAGAGACGCCUUUUAAACGAGGAGUCUGUGGAAGCAGUCCGAUGCGCAAUCGCCAAAGCAAAAAAGGAGCAAGACGCAAGACCUUUGCAACGACUUAAGAACAAGGAACCAGUUCGACGCGCAAUAUUUAAAGACCAAGAAGGAAAAGAGACAGACGCAAGACCUCCACAAAUAAAAACCCAGGAAAAAAGGGAAAAGCCAGACGCAAAAUACCCUGUGUAUGGGGCUGUGUUGAGAGGGACCAAUGUCGAAUUUUAUAUAGAAAAGUUGGACGGAAUCCUGAUGGAGACCAUCAACCAGGCCAGGGUGGAAGGCGUGGAUAUUCACGAGGGACCAAUUAUACUCGGACUUGAAUGUAGCCUGAUGGCAUUGUACGACGUACACGACAAGACGAUAGUUGAUCAAAAUAGGUCCGAGGUGAAGGCUUUUCUGGAUGACAUGAAAGUUAAAUGGGGACUCCAGCCAAAUACCGGAACUCCGAUCGAUAUCCAGCCUGUGCACCCAGGCGAUGUCCCGAAACUGGUAAUUCAGGAAGAUUCCCGGGCCUCUGAAAUGAGGGCUCGUGGGAGUUCUAGUCGUGGGGACAGUUCCGGGACUGACUCGCUUCAAUGGACACAUAGUCCUAGCCCCCAUGAAUUGGGUCUUACUCCAUCCCAGAAUCCCGACACUCCUAGUGCGGAUGAUAGUUAUGGUAUGAUUUCCGAUGACUCCGGUGCAAAUCUAGGCUCCAGUCCGAAGGUUGUGGGUCAUGAUAGUAGCUCUGAUGAUAACAAAGAUGUGGCGAGUAUGGAUAGCGACUCGGGCAGUCCCAUGGGCGCAUCCAGAGGUAUCGGAGACCAUGGUUCCUAUGAGGACAUUUCUUCAGGUCCAGAACUGCUGCCUGACGAAAACCCUAUGGUUCAUGGAUACAGGACAAGGAAGGGGAAGGAUCUGGAAUGCAGUCCUUCCAUUUAUUCUGAUGAUAUGUAG